AUGGAAGAUAAAGGAGUUUUCAAACGUUUAGUAGAAGUUGGAAGAGUAGUCUUCAUUAACCAUGGUAAAGAUUCUGGUAAACUCGCGGUCAUUGUUGAUAUAAUUGAUCAUAAUAGGGCACUUAUUGAUGGACCAAUUACUGGAGUUGCACGUCAUGUACAUCCAUAUCGUCGUCUUGUGCUUACAGACUUUGUAAUAAAAUGUUUUCCAAGAGGUGGUGGUUCAACUGUAGUAAAGAAACAUUUUGAAAAAGAAAAAAUUUUGGAAAAAUGGAACAAAACAUCAUGGGCCAAGAAAUUGGAUAGUCGUGAUAGGAGAGCAAAAUUGUCCGAUUUUGAUAGACAUAAAUUAUUGAAAUUAAAGAAACAGUCUCAAGAGAACAUUACCACCGAAGAACAAGCUACUGAAAAUUCUGAAGAAACAAAUUCCAAUACUAGAAUUGAGUAUGACUACGAAGCUCGCGAAGACGAUGAAUUGUCGCUUGAAAAAGGAGGAAUUAUAACUGUUAUUGAACAAGGUGAAGGUGGUUGGUGGAAAGGUGAUUUGAAUGGAAAAACUGGUAUAUUCCCCGAAAACCAUGUCAAAUUGAUCGAAGUUACCGAUCAAUCAAAUGAUGUAAAUGACGGUGAACAAUCCGAGGGCAAAGGGAAAUUUACAAAAAAACUAGCAAUUUAUGGUGUAAAACAAGGCGGGAUUGGUAGUUUGUUUUCUGGUGGAAUUCCAACUUUGGGUAAAAAGAAACGCAGUCAACAACCAUCAGAUUCUAGUGCUGAAUCAAACGACAACAAUGAAGGAAAACAACUUCAUGAAACAACUCCUGUACCAUCAAAGAAAACAAUAACUCGUCGAACCACAAGUUCUGAUGAUUCCGAUUCUCAUCCCAAAAUAGGUAAUUUACCAUCUCCACCUAAACCAGAAGAAAUCGUAACAAAGCCUGCAUCUUCGCUGCCCCCAUUGCCCAAAAAAUUACCACCAAAACCCAAAAAAUCUGAAUUAAAAGCUAAAGUGUUGUAUGACUAUGAUAUUGCGUUAGUUGCUGGCACAACCAUUACAAUUUUGGAUAAGACUGAUGAUGGUUGGUGGAGAGGAAAAAACGAUCAAGGAGAAGUUGGAUUAUUUCCAUCGACUUCAACACAACCCAAAUCGGUAGCAGAGACCACUUCUGACGAACAGCAAGCUUCCUCUGUUUCCAGUAAGAGUAAAAGGCCGGCCUCUCUUCAUUCACAAUCUUCAGAUGUGCCAAAUUCAAAACAAGCCUGGAGUUAUGAAGAUUCACCAACAUUACCUAAAUCUCCACCUCCACCUAUUACUGCUUCAACAACAACAAAAAAAAAUUCAAUUCACGAAUCUCCUUCUCCGACGUCGACAUCCACAGUACCAUCACCAAUUACAUCUCCACCCGGUAAGCCAAAGUCACCAUCGUCUCCAGUAACACGUAAACCUUCAAAAGUGACCCCAAAAGAAAAAAAAGUCAAUGAUGAUAACAACAAUGUUGCUAUUGUUCAAGGAACAAAAUUAUCAUCAUCUCCUCCUCUUUCGGCCUCGGAUAUAAUCACUGAUUAUGAAAAUUCAAGUGAUAAUGAAAUUGCAACUUCACCAAUCGAGCGACACCCAAUAGCACCACCUAGAGUACCAUCAAGGCCUACAUCACAAAUUGAUGUUAAAUCAGAUACAAACAAAUUUGCACCUGCGAAGCCACCUUCUGUACCAGUCAAAAAAACAUCAACAUCAUCCUCAUCCUCAUCCUCAAGCACUAGAUCCGCAAUUAAAUCACGCGAAGUUGGAUCGCCAUUACAAGAAAUCAGCAAUCAAGAAUUAAAAGAAGAAGUGGUGCUGGUUGAAAAAGAAGUAAAAAAACCAUUGGCAGUGCCACCAAUUACUAAGCUUUCAAGUCUGGGAAAAGAUAGACCAGCUAUAAGAGGUAGAAGAAUCCCCACUAACAAGAGUUCUAAAGAUAGUUCUGGUCCAAGCCAGAAUGCUUUAUUGGAGGAAGCAUUAGCAUCUGAAAAGAAUGAAGAAGAAUCAAAACCAUCGCCUCCACCAUUGCCUUAUAAACCUGAAAGACCAGUGAAACCAAAUAUGUUUAAAUUACCAAUUGCAGGGGCUGGAUUACCAGCUGUACAACUUAGACAAACCCCAAGAAGACCUGUUGAGCCACCGAUAGAAUCCUCAUUAAAGAAAUUGUUUAAUGAGGAGAUAGCUAAACUUAAAAAUGAUUUCGAAACGAAAUUGGCUCAAGAGAGAAUUAAAAGAGAAGAGCUUGAAGAAAAAAUCCAAGAAUUAUUGUACAAACUUGAAGGAUAA